AAUCAGUCGGGCAAUCCUAAUCUGAACUGAUAUUUUAGUAAAACACCAAUUUUUCAGCUAUAUGACUGAACUCGGGGUUGCCAGAAAAUGGGAAGAAUUUCUAAAGCAAAUGACCCACAAUUGGCAUAUUGUCGGUCAAAUGCAAUGACCUAAAUUAUGAAAAAUAAGGCCGUUUUAUCAUUUGAAGUCUGCAAUUUUUUCUAGCCAAGACAAACGUUGUCCUCCCGAAGGAUCGAUUUUAAAGUGUUUCGAAAGGACACAGUCAAUGCGCAGUACGUCGGCUGGUCGUCUCCAAUAUUCCCGGGGUUGAUAAAAAUCAGACCCCUUGCCAGUGCUAGAGUAUUGAUUCGGCAAUGUUUGAAAUAUUCCUAAUUUAUGUAUAGGGUAGUGUAAACCAUGUUAAUUGGUUUGUUUAUCGCGUUUCUAGGUUCUUUUACCGAACGCGUCGUCAACUUGUGCCAAUCGCAAUCAUUACGCCUAAACUCAUUUUUAGUGUAGAGCUUCACAUACGUUUCAAAGUGAGCCGAAAGCAGUGCUUAAAAUUACACAUACAGGCGCCAGUGUGCCACUUAAUCCCCUCGUAAACUCAAUUAGUGCGAACUCGAUCAUUAUGGUUCCUUAGAACACUGUUCAGUAAAGUCCGUAAUUACAUUAAAAGCGCUACAGCAUGGAUGUAAAGGAUUUAAAAUGGAUUUUGGGGGUGCAGUUUCUCAAAGUGGAGGAUUGGAAACAGUGAGGGCGCUUCAUCAGACCAUAGUCGCACUUCGAGCCGCUCUUGAGGAGAGUAAAAAUGAAAUUUUAGAGCUCAAAACGAAAGCCUGGCCAGUUGAAUCGGUUGAGGAAGUUAUACAUGCAUUGUCAAUUGAAAAUCAUGUUUUGAGGCGGAAAAUUGUCGAGACUGACUUGGAGACGCCAAGAACUGUUGAAGAAUUCACUAAGCCUGAAGACAUAUUUUGUACUGUUGAGGAUGUGAAGCAUUUUGUGGUUGAAGAGAAAAAAAGCAUUGAGUGCCAAACGGAUUCUGAUAUUUACCUACAAGCUGAAUGUGAGUCUUUGUUGGGGCUUAGGAAAGAGCAAGAAACUGACAGUUAUUUGAAUAGUAGACCAACUAUUAAGCCACAUAAAUUCAAGAACGUAACAAUUAUUUCCCCCACAGAAAGCCUAAAGCAGUCCUCCAGUAAAAAAGCAAGUAAACUACAAACUAGAAUAUCCAUUAAAGCAAAAAAGACAUCUAAUAAUGCUUCCAGAUCAUUGGAAAGCUUAACAGUAUUAAAAUAUCCUCUGGAUAAAUCAUUUUCAUUUAAAAAGACUCUGAGCUUUUCGAAUUUGACUGCAGUUAAACGAGAAUUCACAUUUAAAGAAGAGCCUGAUGAUACAAUGAGUUUUUCAAGAGAAAAUUCUGAGGAAGCAGUCCCGAAUCGUUAUGAUGAACAGUUGAUGAGUCCACAGAAUGACUUGGACCAGGAAGUGGACGAUAUUGAGCUAAUUUUUACCACUGAUGAUACAAAAGAUCAAGACUUCAAAGAAGAACUUGUCCCGAUUGAUAGCAGGGAAUCGAAUUCGAAUCUUUUAAAUUUUCCUUUGAGUGACCUGGACCAGGUCUCAGAUCGGGAGCUGGAUGACGAUGUUUUUAACGACGACAGUAAUCCAGAGCAAACUAAUUACCGUCAGUCUUCGUUUGAAGUUAAACGGGACAAUUCGAUUUUUAAUUCGCGAUCGGACAAUUCGAUCAAUCACGAAAAAAGCUUAAAAAGCUUCUGCUCCUAUCAGGAUUCCAGUUUUGAAAACAAAUCAUUGGAAAAGGAUGAAAGCUUCGAUAGGUUCGAAGAAAGGGUGCGUAUUGUGGAAACGGAUAUUUCCAAAUGUGGAAUUCACGAAGUUGAAUAUGUGGGAUCCAGAAGGAAUACUUGCCCGAAUCCUAUUCAAUAUAGACCUGUAUCGCAUAGGGAUGCAGUAGCUAAGGGCUUGAGUUCCCGAAAAUGUAGACCUAUUUUGACUCAUUCUAAUGCAAUAAGACGCGAAUCUGGUGCUCAGACCGAUAUAUCAGCAUUGCCUGGAUCUGCAUGGAGAUCUGAAAGUAGUAUAGGCAAUAAGGCAAAAUUUGGUGACACCUUUACUACUUUACCUUCAAAGUAUCCCCUACCAGGGUCCAGAUUGAGGUUGUCUGAGAAAACGGUUGAAGCCAGACGGGUUUUAUUAUCUGACAUCGGUUUUACAAGCAUGGUGCCAGAAUUAUCCCGAUCCGCUGACCAUUUGUCUGGCCCUGGAUCUCUAAAACCUCCAACUGUAACUAGUUAUGGUCAAUUUUUGAAGGCGACAGAUUUAUAUUCCCCUAGUUGUCUGUCAAACAAAUUUGCUUGGACGGCCACGACAGCCACUCCAAGUGAAUCUAGCCGGACACCAUCUCGCUACAGCAGCAUUUAUCCUUUGUCGCCUCCAGCACCAUCACGAAGGUGCUCCGCACCAGUGUCACCUUCAAGGCGGGCUCUAUUAAAAAACACACCUUCAAAAGUUCGGUUUGCCAACGGAUCUCUGCCUGAAUUACGAUCCGAUUGGUCCACUGUGGACAGUGGCGAUAGCACUGAUUCUUUGGUGGAUGAAGCGGAAGUUUACCUAAGAAGGUCCAUAGAUUGUUUUGUGACCUCAAAAGAUCCCAUGUCGUAUGGAGAUAGUAGAAGGAUGCCUCCACGUAGAGCAUCAGCUCCAGAACCGACUAGGGAUAACGUUCCUCCUCAAGGAUGGCAACCAUUCUUGCCCAGACUUCCUCGGGAUUUGAAACCGGAAAACUGGGUCAAAGUGAUCACUUCCGAAGGUAAAGUUAGAGGUGGUCGGGUUAGGUACGUAGGCCCGGUAGUUAUGCCCAGUCAAGAGCAUUUUGUGGGUGUGCAGUUGAGUUUUCCCGAGGGACUUAGUGAUGGAACUUAUGGGGGCAGAAGAUACUUUCAGUGUGAGCCCUACCACGGAAUUUUUGUGCCAUUCAAGAAAGUGAUUAUGGGAUGGCGACCAUAAAUAUGUGCAUUGUCCCAAAUAAAAAUGAUGUACGCGUAUUUUGGUACUAUUUGAAAAUCCAGAUAUUAAAAGCAUGUGAUGGCAUCCUUGUAUGGUUGCGCGAUGAUUACAGAAUAAAUAUGUAUCAAUUAUAUGAAUAAUGUAUUGGGCGGCGCCCAUUUUUUAUAUACUUUAUUUGGACAAAUACAUUGGCCUAUGCACUAAAUAAAGGCCAAUAGAGAUGUGGAUUCUAUUUUUUAAACUAGGUAGGUAGUUUGUUUAGAUCAGCUGCUGUUGUCACUAAAAGCGCAUACAGAUUUUGGUAUUGAAUUAUACAGAGUGUUUCAAAGAUGGAGUGAGCAAAUUGUGGAAAAUAGUUCACAUUUACAUGGAUUUACAACAAUUAUCAUAAAUCUGUCCGACCAGUUUCACGGAGAAAUGUAAAAAAUUUUAAAUAAGUUUCUCUGCUUGAUGGAUGGAUCGAAGAGGACCGCAUCGGGCCAUCAUCCUUAUUUUUCGUUCAGGAGUACAUUUUGUUUACGUUGCACUCUGUACCUUGGCAACCAAGCAAUUACAAUCCAGUGCUUAUUUAAAAAAAAAGCUUUCUUUCAUAAUUUGUGAAGCUGAAUGUGUCCUAUUCAUUCAUAGUAAACUCUGAUACAUUUUUUAUUUUUUAAAUACUGAGUGUCUGGUAAGUCGAUGAAUUUUUUGCCGGAAGUUAUAGCUGUUCAUGCUACUAAUCUAUGUAAAAUUGAUUUCUCGGAAGAAUUAUAUUUCCUCAGUUUCGAUUAUUAAAAUAGACUGUGAUAUUCACACUUUUUUACGAUUUAUUAAGUGUCUGAUAUACUAGAUUUUGAGAAUUUCUAGGCUUAGAAAGAAAUAUUUGUUUAGAAAAACAUUCAUUUUUAGACUCACGUACAAAGUUGGUAAAUAUCAGGUGUUGACGAGGUAUGAAUUAAUUUCAGCGUUUUCCGAUUCAUGAGUUUGUUAUAAACUGCUAAAAUUAUAGUUCUACAUUUUAAGAGAGCGUGUAGAGAGAGGCCUUCAAGUCAUUCCUUUCAUUAAGUAAAAUUUUAUUGGACAGUUUCAAAUAUUCUCCAGAAUAUUAAUAAUUAAUUUUAAUUAAUAAUAAUUUUGCUCUGUUAGUUAAAACUAUAUAAUAAAUACUCAAUUAGUGGAACGGUCAUCUUUGCAAUUAAUUUCUCGACUUAUCAAACACCCUAUUUAAAACAUUGAAACAUUUUAUUGUAGCAUAUAAUAGCAAUAUAGUUUCCCCCCAUUCCGACUUUCGGUUAAUAUUUCCAUUGAAUAAUAUCGUGAAAUUCCUCUGUGACUGUUCUCUUCCUACCCGAAUCACAAACAGUCUUUCAAUAUUUUUUCAAGAAUUUUAUUAGGAAUAUCAGAUCCCCAAAAAAUGGACGCUAUGAAUAGAUAAAUAUUUAAUUUGAUCAUGAAGCUAUUGAUUUUUUAUGGUUAUAAACCUUCUCUAUUAUAUCUAACACUUUAUUAAAGAUUUGAGGUAUUAAUAAAAUUAUAGCUGGAAGAGGAAUGUAUCUAUACUAUAUCCAAUGAAUGAGUUGGAAUUAAGUUACAUUGAUGGAAGCAUUAUAAUACGUAAAGUUCUAAAGACUUUUGACGAAAGAGUUUUAAGUUUUCUUACGUUAAGAUGCCUUUUUCAGGAUGUACAUUUUCGGACAGGGCUUUUUAUUCAAUGAGUUUUGGCUCUCGACAAAACUUACAGAUUUCACCUUAAUAAUCAGGUCUUGAGCGCAAAGUAGAAUUUUAUGUCAAUGGCAUUUGUAAAUGAUGUUUUUUACCUUGAUUGCAUACACCGUACAUAUUACAAUUAUGCUGACUUAAAUGUAAUAGUAAACCGAUUUGACAAUUAAUUCUAAAUCAAUUUUCGAAUACUU